CUUCUUUCGAAGCGGUUCAGGCGCUCGCGAUAAGUCUCUAUAUAUAUUUCAAUACAAAUAUAUAGCCGAUCCACACACACAGCCCAUUCGAUCCGCGAUAAGUGAGAGCCGUUGAGCCGUUAAAAGCAUUUCGGCCAAGUGCAGCAACCGCAGAAACGUCGCGUUAGCCAACUAAAUCACAGUACCCACAAAAAGUGUUUGAAAAACAAUUUUCAAAAAACAAUUAAAUAAUUUUGCAAACAAAAAAUAUAUAAACAAUGCCAAAAUUGUUUUGAACCCAAAAACAUUAUGUCGAUUGUAUGCACGCUGGAACAGAAAGUGAACUUUUUCAAAGCGGCUGCAACGACCAAAAAUCUACUGAUACUUAAAAACAAUACGGAUACCAAUUACAGCAACAACUAUAAGCAGGAUAACCCCAGCAACAACAAAUUUCACCGCAUCCAGCAACAGAGCAACACCAGCCACCUGCAACAUCAGCAGCAACUGCACCAAAAGCUAGCGCAGCUGCAGCACUUUCCCUACGGGCCACGCCCCCCCACCGGAGGCAAGGAGGAGACGCUGCUCCUAUUAGCGCCGCCGGCCAAACUUUAUCCGGAGGCAGCGGUGGCCACAGCAAUGCCCGAGGUCCUCAGCGGCACGCCCACCAAUAGCCACAACAAAGCCAACAUCGCCAUGAUGAACAACGUCCGUCUGUCGAAUAUUUCGCCGACUCUGUCGAUGAACGGCAGCUCCAACGAGGCAUCUAAUUUGCAUCCCCUAUCCAUGUACGGUGGAUCCAUCAGUCCGCAGUCGAAUGACAGCGGCAUGUCCGACAGUCUGGGCAAGUUUGUCCCGGGAAGCGGAUAUGGAGAUGGGAUGAUGGGCCAGUCCCCCUCGCAGGGCGGCAAUGGACCCCAAUCGGCGUUGACCGCUGCCCAAAAAGAGCUCUUCUCACAGCGAAAGCAGCGCGAAUUCACACCCGACAACAAGAAAGACGAGAGCUACUGGGAUCGCCGGAGACGGAACAAUGAGGCGGCCAAGAGGAGUCGGGAGAAGAGGCGCUACAACGACAUGGUUCUGGAGCAGCGCGUCAUCGAGCUGACCAAGGAGAAUCAUGUGCUGAAGGCCCAGCUGGACGCCAUACGCGACAAGUUCAAUAUCUCCGGCGAGAAUCUGGUCAGCGUGGAGAAGAUCCUGGCAUCGCUGCCCACCAGCGAACAGGUGCUGAGCAACACGAAGCGGGCCAAGAUGAGCGGUGGCUCCUCCUCGGGCUCCUCGCCAUCGGGCAGUGGAUCGGGUGAGGGUUCCCCGCCCAGUGGCCACAAUGUCUACCCGGGCGGUCCGCCACUAUCUCCGCUCAUCUAUGGACCCAACGGCAAUGCCCGACCAGAGGCCACGAUCAAGAGUGUCCACCAUGUGCAGCAUGCGGGUGUUCCGCCGCCUCCAACGCACCUGCAACAGUUGGUUGUGCCCCAGCCCCAGCCGCAGCAUCUCUACCAGCCACAAGCACAGCAGCAUCAGCCGCAUCAGCAGCAGGUUCCCCAGCAGCAGCAGCAGCAGCCACCGCAUCAUCAGCAGCAGCAGCAGGAGCCAAGCCCCAGUGCCGGCUCCAGUUCUCCAGCCAUCUCCGAUCCGCACAACCGCCCGCCAAGCAGCACAAUUGCCACUCUCCAGGUGCAGCUCCAGCAGGCACUGAACAGGAAUGUCCGACCCGAGGAUCUGGACAGUCUGCGCAAGGCGGUGGCCGCCGGAGCUCUGUACAAUGCAGCAGCUGUGGUGGGAGCACCACCACCACCACCACCUGCUGGUCUCUAUGUUCCCGCUCCCAGCGCCUACAAGGAUCACCUGGAGGCGGCGGCCGCCUGGAGUCACAAUGUCGAGACGGCGGUGAGCAGCAGUGCCGUGGACGCGGUCAGCAGCUCAUCGGUGUCGGCCAGUGCGGCCAGUGUCCUGAAUCUUUCACGGCGGGCCUGCUCACCCAGCUACGAGCACAUGCUCUCCUCCACCACCUCCUCCACUCUGUCCUCCGCUUCGUCCUCGGGAGCUGUUUCCGGCGAUGAUGAGCAGGAGCACGAACCAGCGCACAUGGCUCCACUGCAGCUCCAGAGGAGCAGUCCGCAGCAGGGCAGCGAUGCCAACAACUGCCUGCCACUAAAGCUGCGCCACAAAUCGCACCUGGGCGACAAGGAUGCGGCGGCCACGGCCCUGCUAUCGCUGCAGCACAUCAAGCAGGAGCCCAACUGCAAUCGGGCAUCGCCGCCUGCCUGGAACGAUGGCGGGGACAACUCCAGCGACGAGCGGGACUCGGGCAUCUCCAUAGCCAGUGCGGAGUGGACGGCGCAGCUGCAGAGGAAGCUACUGGCGCCCAAGGAGGCCAAUGUCGAACGCGAUCAGAUGCUCAAGUCGCAGCUGGAGCGCCUGGAGUCCGAGGUGGCCAGCAUUAAAAUGAUUCUGGCCGAGUAGCCCAGCUUGAGAAGUUGGAGGACUGCAGCAGGAGCAGGAUCUGGAUCAGGAUCAGGAGAGAGAGCGAAGAGACAGAGACUCUGAGGGAUCGGAGUCGAGGGAGCAGAGCAGUAGAUGGCAGAGCAGAGAGUUCCAUGGCGCCAGUAGUUCUCCUGGACAAAGAAGUUUUAAACGUAUAGUGGAGAUGUCCAAAACCGAGUGUUAACUAUUAGAUAUCGAUGCAUGCUUGUCUUUAUCUCUAUGUGUAUAGCUCUAGGGCCGGGUUUGGGCCAUAAGGACUCCUAGACCCUAUGGUUUAAGCCCGGCCAAUACGUAUCCGUGUGUAUGUUUAUCUAUCCACUGUAUUGAGUCUUGUAAUCGUGAAUGUUUAACUAUAUAGAUCUCGUCAAACUCGGAGCUAAACAAAUCCUUAGGGUCGUCAGCCCAGAAGAAUUUCUUAUUUAACUGUUUAUAAACACACACGCUAUUUGUUUGCAUAGCUAACUGGUGACCUCGCUUAAUAUCGGGGUCACCGGAGACGCUAUUGUUCUCUUAUGCAUCCCAAGUUUCCUUAUGCACAGCGAAAGCGGAGAAAGAAGAUAUAUUAUAUUUGUAGGCAAAAGUUACCAAGUAUUUGCUGUUGUACAUAUUACACAAUUAAUUAUAUUUACAAUACAUCUUUAUUCCUAUCGUGUAUAUAAUUUUAGUUGCAAGCUAAGCUUAUUUUAUUUUAUUUUAUAUUAUUGUGUAGUGAAGUAAACAUAUAGAUUACACUUAAGCGACGCGUGAAGCACAUUCAAAACGUGAGAGACGAAAGAAAUCUGAAAGAAUUAAUGAAUAUAUUCUGCAAUAAAUAAUUUUAAAUAUCUUACCUUAAUGUUUGUCGUUCUCAAUUUAUUUAUUGUUUGCUGCUUUGGUUGCCCGUGUGGGUCAUAGCGCUUUAACUAAAUGUUAUCGAAGUUUAAGAAACUUGAAAAACGAAAACAAGAAAUGAAAAAAAAACAGAAUCACACAAAAUACAUAUAUAUAUAUAUUCGUAGACCAUAUAGCUGGUAGAUCGAUCGAUUCGAGACGUAUUGGUGUCGUAAAUCGUAGUCCAUGUGAGGAGAGCGAGCAUUCACUUUUAAAGUUGUAUUAAUUUUAUGCCAAUCACUGUAUCCAUAUGGUAAAGCAUUACACUUUACACUAAACGCGGUGAAGCACACAAGAAAAAUACAUAUGAUUAUUACUAUAACUAUGCGUACGCAGCCCCUAUCUAUAUGAAUAUUUAAAUAACUCGUUUGUGUUGAUCAAUGAAAAUAAAACUAUUUAUAUUGAUGAAAGAAA